CCUUCGCGAAUCAGACAUCGCUCUGUCAGCAAACAGUCGUGUGUCAGUCAGUUGUGCUUCAGCUGUCGUGUGUGUUCGUGUGUUUUGCGUAAUACACACACAGAUGGAGUCGAGCACUGUGUACGGAGCGUCUCUGGCCGGAUCGGGAUUUGAUCUCGUUAAAUACAUCAAACAGCCUCAAACUAUCACGCGCGUCCUCAGCUGGGUGUUUGCUAUCGUGGUUUUCUCCUCUAUAACAGCUGAAGGUUACGUGAACGCCAUCAAUGAAUCUGAAGUCAAGUGUGUCUUCAACAGAAUCGAUGGCAUCUGUCAUUAUGGGGUGGGCAUCGGUGUCAUCGCCUUCCUGGCAUGUGCAGCCUUCCUAUUGGCUGAUGCUUUCCUGCCUUCCAUGAGCAACGCUCAGGAGAGGAAAUACAUUGUGAUGGCUGAUCUGACAUUGUCAGGUGCCUGGACGUUCCUGUGGUUCGUGUGUUUCUGUCUGUCCGCAGAUCAGUGGUCGAAGACCGCAGACACGAAUGGCAUCCCGACGGACGCAGUUCAUGCCGUCAUCGCCUUCUCGUUCUUCUCCAUCGGCUCGUGGGGGGCGCUAACUUAUUUCGCUCUGGUGAGGUUUCGUCAGGGUGUUGGAGACGUGACCCAGAACAACCCUGAGGCGCCCGCCAAUCCUGCCACGCCCUACCCCUCAACAUACACCCCUCCCACAUAUCCAUCCUUCCAAAACAACAGCCAAGAUGUCUACCAACAACCACCCUUCACAUCAAACCCCGAUCCGAUCGGACAGAGCAACUAUCAGCCACCCACCUACUGACACACCACAGAGAGAGAGAGUGUCACGUAGCUCAUGAUAUGGGCGGAGCCUCAACAGCCAGCCAAUAGGAGUGCUGACUGUUAGCUGUUAGAUGAGAUACUUCUACAUGUGAUGAGAAAAACUGUCAAUAUUUUUCUUGUUUUCUUAUUUCUUAUGUUUUGUCGAUUGAUUUGAUCGCGAGAUCAGAUUUGCAGUAAAGAGAUGUGAAACUACUGACGGGUGUACGGCUCAGACGGUGCGAUGUCUUUGUUGUGUUUCCUGUCUGGAAUGACGGCGGUGUUUAGUGUUUUCAGUUGGAAUGUGGUGUGUUGGACAGAAACAGACAAACACUGUGCGUUCAUGACCCCACUCAUUGUGUUCAUGAACAACAGAAGAACGCUUGUAUGAGCAGCAGAUUUCACUUCUCAACAUCUUGUGAACAUGGAAAUAAAAGCGGUUUGGCUGUGAACGAGCUCGGUGUGUAAAUGUUAUCUGUGUAAGUUUCAAUUUCAUUUUACAAAAAAACAAAAUGAUUUGGUGUAUGUGGAGAAACUUGAGUUACAGUGACUGGUGUGAUGGGAUUACUGGAACAUAUAGUUUCAUCUGAAUUCAUGCGUCUGUUUAGUGUUUCUGCUCAACUCUCAUUUAAUAUUGACCUGAAUUCAACUACACAAACAGAAAGGACAGCGUCAUAAUGGUUCACGCCCCACAAUCACGACGUGUGAGAACUUUAAGAGAGAAGUUGAGAAGAAAAUGCAAUGUAUCACCAGGAAAAGGUAUCAUAACUUUCCAUUAAUGCAGUUUUGCUUAAUAUGAAUCUUAUACUGCAUCAACCGCAUUACUACAUUUUCAUUCACGUGACUGUUUUUUUCUGGAUCAGUAUUGUUGAACUCUCCAGCUGAUCAAACAUGUAUUGUUGGCUUCAUUAUCUCUUACAAAUCAGUUUUUUACUUUACAGCGAGAUGAGCUGUGAAAGUUUACUUAUUACAUUUGAAUUUUUGCUUUAGGGUUGUUUUUG